AUGACUAAGGCCAUUCCAAUUGUUAUGCCCGAUACAAACCAUCAUCUUUGUACGUGGCAUUUGAUGCAAAAUGCUGUCAAGCAUGUAGGUUCUGUUUUCGAUGAUGUAGGGGUCAAGGCUGUGUUUUCAAAAUUUAUGCAUGACAUUGAUGAUGAAGAAGAUUUCCGAAUACAGUGGGACCAAAUGCUUGAUAAGUAUGAUGCAUUUGACAAUCAUUGGUUGGAGCAGACUUUUCGCGUGAAGGAGAAAUGGGGAUGGCCAUAUAUUAUGAAUUCUUGGGCAGCUAGAAUGAGUACUACUCAACUUAGUGAAUCAUUUAAUGUAUUUCUGAAGGAUUAUCUGAAUUGUGACCAUAACGUAAUGGAGUUCUUCAUGCAUUUUGAGAGGGUGCUUUAUGAGAAGAGGUAUAAGGAAUUGGAAGUCGAGUAUAAUUUGUCCCAAAAAUUGCCAAGGGUUUUAAUUCCAACUUUGAUGUUAAAGCAAGUGGCAGAGAUUUACACGAAAAUAAUUUUUGAGAAAUUCCAAAAUGAGUAUGUGCAGUCCAUUGAAGCAUCCAUUAUAAGCACUAUUAAUGAUGGUGAGAGCACCAUAUUCACAAUAAGAACAAUGGUUGAUGGAAAAAAAGAUAAGAUUGUGACAAUAGAUAGAGGGGGUUCUUUGAGUUGUAGUUGCAAGAAGUUUGAAGUGAAGGGCAUACUAUGUCAACAUUGUGUGAAGGGUGCCGCUGAUUAUACUCCCCAAUGUGAAUCUCAGCCUCAUUUCGGCAUGGGUAAUAAUUCCAUUCAGUCGGGUGGUACUGUUUACACUUCCCAAGGUGAAUCACAACUUCAUUUCGUCAUGGGUGGUAAUUCUAUUCAGUCGAGUGCUGCUAUUUAUACUUGCCAAGGUCAAUCACAAUCUCGUUUCAUCAUGGGUAGUAAUUCUAAUCAGGAUCAAGCUCUUGCUGUCAAUUUUUCUCAAUCACAACCUCGUUUCGUCAUGGGUAUUAAUUAUAAUAAGGAUCAUCGUCAUGAUAUGUACAUUUCUCCAUCUCAACCUCGACCUCAAGUUCUUAUUGAUGGUACAAGUGGUCCUCCUCUUACGUAUGGUACAUAUGAUGGACAUAACACGCCUCAGUCAAUGCCUUCUGUGUAUCCCACUCACAGAUCUUUUCAGGAGUUGCUUCGAGGUACAAGUGUUGAAAACUUUGAAGUCCAACUCUCGCAAGCGUCACAUAGUCCUGCUGACAGUCAUUUUUGGUUUAUGUUGGACAGAUUUGGUCUUAUGUUUAUAAUGUUGUGGACAGAUGUGGAAUAA